GAAGGUGAAAUGGAAGGUGAGGCAUUUGAAGCUGUUGUGGAAGAUUCAGAAACUUUUAUUAAGGGAAAAGAGAGAAAAACUUAUGAAAGACGCCGUGAAGCUGGGCAGGAGGACGAUGCUUGUCAUACACCACCAAACCAAGCAGAUGGGGGUGAAGUAAUUCAGGAUGUCAACAGUGGUGUGCAGAUGGUUAUGAUGGAACAGUUGGAUCCAACACUUCUUCAAAUGAAGACUGAAGUAAUGGAAGGUGCAGUGCCUCAGGAAACGGAGGCUACAGUGGAUGACACACAGAUCAGAACACCUCAGGUUGUUAAUAUGGAAGAGCAGCCUAUAAAUCUUAGUGAGCUUGAAGUACUGGUACUUGAAGCACUUGCCACCACUUCUGUGGAAGAACUUCAGGGAGCAUAUGAAGAUGAGGUUUCCGAAGGAGGCCUGCAAGAGGGAGAGCCCAUGAUCUGUCACACUCUCCCUUUACCAGAAGUCUUCCAGGUAGUGAAAGUGGGUGCAAAUGGUGAGGUGGAGACGCUGGAACAAGGUGAACUUCAGCCCCAAGAAGAUCCUAAUUGGCAAAAAGAUCCAGACUAUCGGCCACCAGCCAAAAAAACAAAGAAAAACAAAAAGAAUAAGCUACGCUACACAGAGGAAGGCAAAGAUGUGGAUGUCUCUGUGUAUGACAUUGAAGAGGAGCAACAGGAGGGUUUGUUGUCUGAGGUCAAUGCAGAAAAAGUAGUGGAUAACAUGAAGCCACCUAAACCAACAAAAAUCAAAAGGAAAGGAACCAGUGGUAUAAUUAGUUUUUUUGGGGGCGGAGCUUUUUGGACAGUCACAUUACUGACGAAGCACCUCAACACUCACACAGGUACACGCCCUCACAAGUGCCCGGAUUGCGACAUGGCCUUUGUGACCAGUGGAGAGUUGGUUCGGCAUCGCCGCUACAAACACACCCGCGAGAAACUAUUCGAAUGUUCAAUGUGUGAUUAUUCUAGUGUGGCGGUUAGCAAUUUGAAACGCCACAUUCGCUCUCACACUGGAGAUUAUCCGUUCCAGUGCAGCUUGUGCAGCUAUGCCUGCAGGGAUACUUACACGCUGAAGAGGCACAUGAGGACCCACUCUGGAGAGAAGCCAUAUGAGUGUUACAUCUGCCAUGCUCGCUUCACUCAGAGUGGUAACAUGAAGGUGCACAUUUUACAGAAACAUACGGAGAAUGUGGCCAAAUUUCACUGUCCUCACUGUGAUACUGUUAUAGCAAGAAAGAAGGGCUUGGGUGUCCAUUUGCAAAAGCAGCAUUCCUACACUGAGCAGGGCAAGAAGUGUCGAUACUGUGAUGCUGUGUUUUGUGAGCCAUAUGCCCUCAAACAGCAUCAAAAGUCUCACAAGAAUGAGAAGCGCUUCAAGUGUGACCAGUGUGAUUAUGCAUGCAGGCAGGAGUGGCACAUGAUCACGCAUAAACGGACCCAUACUGGAGAAAAGCCUUAUGCCUGUAGCCAUUGUGAUAAAACCUUCCGUCAAAAACAGCACUUUGAUAAGCACUUCAAACGAUACCAUGAUUCCAACUUUGUCCCUGCUGCAUUUGUCUGUUCCAAGUGUGGUAAAACUUUCACUCGCAGGAACACAAUGGCCAGACAUGCUGAUAAUUGUUCUGGCCCAGAUGGUGGGGAAGGAGAGAAUGGAGGAGAGACAAAGAAGGGCAAACGUGGCAGAAAGAGAAAAAUGCACUCUAAGAAAGAAGAUUCCUCUGAUAGUGAGGAAAGUGCUGAACCAGAUUUGGAUGAUAAUGAAGAUGAAGAGGAGACAGCAGUAGAAAUUGAGGCUGAACCAGAAGUUGAGCAAGAGGCUCCUGCACCACCUCCUAGUAAGAAACGAAGAGGAAGACCACCAGGCAAAGCUGCCACCCGACCAAAACAAUCCCAGCCUGCAGCAAUCAUUCAGGUUGAAGACCAGAACACUGGUGAAAUUGAAAAUACUAUGGUUGAAGUAAAGAAAGAACCUGAUGCAGAACCAGUAGAGGAAGAAGAAGAAGCUCAGCCUGCUGUAGUGGAAGCUCCCAAUGGAGACCUCACUCCUGAGAUGAUUCUCAGCAUGAUGGACUGGUGA